AUGCGGAGCAUCUUUGUGGGCGUUCUCUGCAUGGACAACGUAUCGGGCACAUGGGUCGUUGGCCAGGAAACGUUCCACCAUUACCUUUCUGUUUGCUCUAUUUUCCUACUUUUAGACCGUUAUCUUUACAGUAAGCUUUUUAGUUUCUUAGCUGCUUAUAGUAUACUUAGAUGGAGAAAUAUAUACUCCAUAGGAGAUCGGGAAAGGCAGUUUUUGAGAUAUACAAAGAUUACCCUACAUCAGGUUUGGUAUCAAAGCCAGAUGGCUGAGAGCAGUAGACGGGUGGCUCCCGGUGAAGAUCAAAGCCUUGAAGCCCUGUGGGCAGAGCAUCGGAAGUUAGCGCAGCGAAUGGAGGAGGUUGCGACCGAAGCUCAACAGUUCCAGUUGGAGAUGCGACGGGAUCUGAGAGCGAUCCUCGCACGACUGGAACGCAAAGCAGUGCGGAUGACAACGCCGAACUACCCUCCUAUGGUUCGACGCGGAAUGAACGUAGGAAGAACGGCGAAUCGGGAUUUGCCGAGACAGGAGGUAUCGGAUUCUGACGAGGAAGCGGAACUACUCAGGGAGCUGGAGUUAUCCGACUCAGAGGAGGAAACUGGGUAUCAGCACCGCAGGCGCACAAGAGGAACUGAGCGAAAUCACGGUGAGUUUCGCGUUAAAAUGGAUAUAUCGUUCUUCGAUGGAAAAUUACACAUCGAGGACUAUCUGGACUGGGAGCGGGCUGUGGAGACUUUUUUUGAAUACAUGGAUGUCGAACCGGCAAAGCAAGUGAAGUAUGUAGCAUGUCGACUGAAAUCGGGAGCCAGUGCGUGGUGGUUGCAACUAUUGCAGUCAAGGAGACGAGAAGGAAAGGGACCUAUACGGAGUUGGUGGAGGAUGAAGCAAUUGCUACGAGGACACUUUUUACCUACAGAUUACGAACAACUGUUAUAUAUGCAAUAUCAACAUUGCUCGCAGGGGAGCCGAUCAGUCAAUGAGUACACAGAAGAAUUUUAUCGUCUAAGUGCAAGGAAUAACCUGAAUGAGUCCACAAAUCAACUGGUUGCAAGAUAUGUGGAAGGAUUGAAGGAAGCAAUUCAGGACAAACUGGAAUUAAGCACUGUUUGGUCACUAUCCCAAGCGGUAAACUAUGCUUUAAAAGAGGAGAUGCAAUUGGCAAGACAGGGCAGGAGCAGUCAGGGAAAACGGGUCAUGGAACAAACGGUUGAAAGCAAUAGAUCCACAAAUGUUAUUCCAACUGCUCGUUUCCAGAACACCUCUGGGGGAAAUCAGUUACCAGUGGGUGCUGGCAGCAGGAAUUUGGAGAUGAAAUCCACAACUAAGAUCAAAGGUCAGUCCAAAGAAAAUCCCUACUCUAAACCUAUGACUAUCAAAUGUUUCAGGUGUUUCCAGCAAGGGCAUAAAUCCAACGAAUGCCCAACACGACCUCAGCUUCACACCAUUGAAGCGGAAGAAGACACGGCGUUAGACGAAGGCGAGGAAGAAAUGGAAAACUCACACGAAGAUGUGGGCGGAGAUGAGGGUGAACCUCUCGUUUGUGUGAUGCAAAAGUUACUUUUGGCACCAAGACUAGCUGAUAGAUCGCAGCGAAAUAUUUUAUUUAAAACUAAAUGUACAAUCAACGGGAAGGGUGUAGAAAUCGCCGUCACGGAUAGCUGCCGGGUCCAUUUUUCAAUUGGGAAGAAUUAUGAUAGUGAAGUCGUUUGCGACGUAAUCGAUAUGGAUGUAUGCCAUAUCAUUCUCGGUAGGCCAUGGCAAUUCGACGUUGGUGCAAUUCACGAUGGUAGAGCGAACACUUAUACCUUCGAUUGGAAGGGAAAGACACUGAGGAUGUUGCCCAUUAAUCGAGAGGCUGAGACCGUGGGCCUCAACAGCAAGCCGUCUAUGUGUGUUGUGUCAGGAAAUCAGCUGUUGCACGCUUGGAGAAAUUCUUCACAGAUCCUGGCUCUUAUAGUAAAGGAAAAAGCGGAAGAGGCUGGUCACGUCGAGCUACCGCCCCUAAGGAACAUUCAGCAUCGUAUUGAUUUGAUCCCUGGCUCAACAAUACCCAACUUGCCGCAUUACAGAUUAUGUCCGACGGAACAAAGGAUUCUUCAGCAAUUGGUAGAUGAACUGCUCGAGAAACAGCUUAUUCAGUAUAGCCUGAGCCCGUGUGCGGUGCCUGCAUUGCUCGUACCCAAGAAAGAUGGGAGUUGGAGGAUGUGCGUGGACAGCAGAGCAGUUAACAAAAUCACCGUCAAGUUUAGAUUCCCAAUGCCAAGGAUAGAGGAAAUGCUAGAAAAACUAGCAGGAUCAAAAAUCUUCACCAAAUUAGAUCUCCGAAGUGGGUAUCAUCAAAUUCGAAUCAAUCCCGGAGACGAAUGGAAGACAGCAUUCAAGACGAGGGAAGGAUUAUACGAAUGGCGUGUAAUGCCAUUUGGUUUAUGCAACGCACCGGCGACAUUCAUGAGGUUGAUGAACGAAGUUUUCAAGCCCUUUUUAAACAAAAGCUGCGUCGCUUAUUUCGAUGAUGUGUUGGUGUUCAGCGGCAGUUUAGAAGAACAUCUUCAACACUUGAAACAAAUAUUUGAAGUCUUCAGGCUAAACAAGCUUUAUUUGAAUUUGGCAAAGUGCGAGUUUGCCACUGAUGUUGUAUCAUUUCUCGGAUUCAGAAUUGCUGCCGAUGGCGUCAGUGCCGACCUAAGGAAAAUUGAAGCCAUUGUGGAUUGGCCUACUCCAAAAUCGUUCACGGAUAUCCGGAGCUUUCACGGCCUGGCAAACUUCUACAGAAAAUUUAUCAAGGGCUUUAGCAUUAUAUUAGCUCCAUUAACUGACCUUUUGAAACAAAAGCAAUUCAAAUGGGAAGAGGAACACCAAGCCAGCUUUGCUGCAAUCAAGUAA